AAAUGGCGACUUUGGAUUCUCCGUUAGAUGUUUUGGCUUUGGACUACGUUAGCUUCCUCCUCAACAACCUCUGGGCAUGGAUUGCCGUCGUGACGGCCGCCGUGAGUUUCUGGCGGAUCCGAGCCACCACUAACGGCAGCAAAAACGACGUCCGUUUAAUAGAUGAAUCUCCUCGUGAGCCACCAAAACCACAAGCAACCGCUGCUCUUGCUGUGGAAACAGGACCUCGAGUGACGGUAACGGAGAUGGAGGAUUGGAGUCCGUUAUUGUGCAAUGACGGACUAACGAAGGGAAGAUUCACCGUGUACUACGAGGAAGAGAUUGACGGAGAGAGAGAUAAUGAAGAUGGAGGGAUAAGGUCCGUUAAUUACAGAGGAGGUGAGUGUGGCGAGUGGUGGGAGAAAUGGGAGAGAGUGGUGACGGUGAGAAAUGGAGGUGACGGUUGGUACCGUUACGUAGAUUCAACGGUGAUUAACGGAAAUGUGGUCAAGUUGUGGAAUGCUAACAGAGUCCGUAACGGUGGUUGGGUUAGUGUGCAGCAUAAGAAGUGGGGUGCUUGAGACUUAUUGGCAAAAUUCUUAGUUUGUUUGUUCUUUCUAUUUCGAGCUUGAUUAUUGACUGAACCUUUUGGUUUAUGACUAUUUUUGUUGAACUAAAGUUGUAAUCUGUAUAUAUUUUAGUGAUAAAACUAUGAUU